AUGAGAGAAAUCGUGCACAUUCAAGCGGGCCAAUGCGGUAACCAAAUCGGGGCGAAGUUCUGGGAGGUUAUUUGCGAUGAACACGGGAUCGAUCCCACUGGGACGUACGCUGGAGACGCUGAUUUGCAGCUCGAACGCGUGAACGUGUACUUUAACGAAGCUUCCGGAGGUCGCUACGUGCCACGCGCCGUGCUCAUGGACCUCGAGCCGGGCACCAUGGAUUCGGUGCGCUCUGGGCCGUACGGUCAAAUCUUCCGACCGGAUAACUUCGUGUUCGGGCAAACCGGUGCGGGAAACAACUGGGCGAAGGGUCACUACACCGAAGGCGCCGAGUUGAUCGACGGCGUGCUCGACGUCGUGCGCAAGGAGGCUGAAUCGUGCGACUGCUUGCAAGGUUUCCAAAUGUGCCACUCUCUCGGUGGCGGUACCGGUUCCGGUAUGGGUACGCUUCUCAUCUCGAAGAUUCGCGAAGAGUACCCCGAUCGCAUGAUGCUUACGUUUUCCGUCGUUCCGUCGCCCAAGGUGUCGGAUACCGUCGUCGAGCCGUACAACGCCACACUUUCUGUGCACCAGCUCGUCGAAAACGCCGAUGAGUGCAUGAUCCUUGACAACGAAGCACUUUAUGAUAUUUGCUUCCGCACGCUAAAGCUCACGACGCCGACGUUUGGUGAUUUGAACCACUUGAUCUCCGCCGUCAUGUCCGGCGUCACGUGCUGCUUGCGCUUCCCGGGUCAGCUCAACGCCGACUUGCGCAAGCUCGCGGUGAACUUGGUGCCGUUCCCGCGCUUGCACUUUUUCAUGGUCGGGUUCACUCCUCUCACGUCCCGUGGUUCCCAGCAAUACCGCGCCCUCACGGUGCCGGAGUUGACGCAACAAAUGUGGGACGCAAAGAAUAUGAUGUGCGCCGCCGAUCCGCGUCACGGCCGUUACCUCACCGCCUCCGCCUUGUUCCGCGGACGCAUGUCCACCAAGGAAGUCGACGAACAACUCUUGAACUGCCAAAACAAGAACUCUUCGUACUUUGUGGAGUGGAUUCCGAACAACGUCAAGAGUUCGGUGUGCGAUAUCCCCCCCAAGGGUCUCAAGAUGUCGUCCACGUUCAUCGGCAACUCGACGGCGAUUCAAGAAAUGUUCAAGCGUGUCAGCGAGGCGUUCACCGCCAUGUUCCGUCGCAAGGCUUUCUUGCACUGGUACACGGGAGAGGGUAUGGACGAGAUGGAGUUCACCGAAGCCGAAUCGAACAUGAACGACUUGGUUUCCGAGUACCAGCAGUACCAAGACGCGAGCGCGGAGGAAGAAGGCGAAUUCGACGAAGAAGACGCAGAGGAAGCUUUCGCCAUGUAA